CUCCAAUGCAGCUCUCCCCACCAUGGUUUCGGACCACUGCAACCGUGCUUCGCCGUCAAAGUACCCCAUACCGCGUGAUUUCCGGAAUGCAUAACCCAAUCAGUAGGUCUGCAGCCUUUCCAAUACGGCCGUUCAAUCUCCCUUGUCACAUCACAUCCCCUCUUUCUUAACAUCAUGCUGUUAUUACCUCCUGCUGGCAUGCCAUGCCAUGAUUUUCCAACUUUACCCACGACAUGACGUCCGCAGCCCGUUUCUCCCCUUCAUUUACUUGAACCCUUUGAAGCUUGGAGAGUUGAAGCUAUUCAAUAAGAUGAACUAAACGCGAUGCUGUUUCGAUUCAUUGUUGCCGCUGCGCUGUCGGCGAGAUGCCUAAAUGCGCAGCAGAUUGUCAACGGGCAAAUAUUUACUCCUGGGAUCGCGAUUGUGGACUCGCCACAGCCGAAUACGCCGUUGGGUGGUGAUCAUUUGCAAGUCGCGAUUGACGUGAGCUCCGAUGGACAACUCCAGUUACCGCCAUAUCCCUCGAACCCUGUCUCCGCCAUCUACAACAUCACGAUCUUUCUCUCUAGUUAUAUCACGGGAUGGAACUUCACCAUCUCCAAUGGCACAGCGUCGAAUGGAAGUCUGGAUGAGAUUAUGGGACAGGAGAAUGGGAGUACGGUGAAGCAUGUCAAUUGGGUGUGGCCGGAUUGUCUCGUUGGGAAGGGACCGCCUGGGAAUAUCAAUUCUGCAAGAGGGCUCUACAAUAUCUCCAUCCGACAGAACUUCCGUCUGAACGGAUCGGACGAAUAUACGAUCUUCGACCUCCCAAUCCAUGUCACGAACAGUAUACCUGCGCAAGACAACCGACCGUCAUGCGCUUCGUUGAACAAUACUUUAUUGAAUGAAUCGAUGCUAGUUGCUUCUGCAAAUAACUUCACGAGGAUACCUGGGACAUCGAUUCAAGGGAAUGGUGAUAGCGGAUCAGGGCUUGGUGGACCGAAACCAGAUGCGAAUCCGGGGGAUGGCUUGGGAGGUGCUGGUAUGCUCGAUUGGAGGGCAGGCCUACAUGUUAUGUGGAUUGGAGUUGCAGUCUUUAUGCUUGCUCUGUAAGCAUACCAACUCAAUGUGUUGAGUGUUGGUACAAUAUUGUGAAGUGUGGCCGAGCCACUGUAAAACGGAUAGGACGAUACACACAGAGAGUUCUCUCGACAUUCGGCGUUAAUGGGCG